AAGUCAUCAUCUGUCACAUGCCAGAGGGUGCCCCUCAUGAGUGGGAGAGUAGGGGCUGAACUGCUGAGUUCCUGCUGCGUCCUGUUGCUAUGCUGCCUGCACCCUUGGUGGGGAGAAGAGAAGAGGUGGACUGCUGUGGAGGACCUGGCAAAUGAGGACCCGGCAAAUGAGGACCCAGCUUUUACUCGACUGUCCCAAACAUGGCCUGUUUUACAAAGCUGCUAAGAAGCACAGCUCCAAAUCUGGAGCUAUGAGUGCCUGCCCUGACUCUGACUAGCUUACAGUGAAGCUUUGGGAAGUUGUUUUCCGCUGAGCUCUUAUUUUCUCAUCCAGAAAAUGAGGGGGUAGGAUUUGGUCACAGAGCAAAGAGAAUCCAGGUGCCCACAACUCAGCCAAGAGUCUUGACCCCUGUGUCGUCAACUGCACACACGCCGCACACUCCACCAGCUCCAAGGCUUCUCUCCACAUCUGACUUCUCCAGGCCUGGACUGUUGGGUAGCUUUUUGGACAGAAAGAAGCAGAAAGCAGCAGGAGCUGCUCUCUGAGGACUGCACCUCAAAGAGCAAGAUCACCCGGGUGGGAUCGCUCUGAGGCUUCAGGCAGGGGAGGCUGGUUUGAAAGCUGAUCUCCAAGAGGGCGUGGCUCCAAAAUGCUGGCAAAUAAAAGCCUGGAGAGCCAGCACCAAGCUGGAGACCAGCAGGAGGCACAGGAAAACAGCAAGCCGCUCUGUUCCUGGGCCUCGGAAGUGAUGCCUAUGGCGUGCCCUCAAACCCUGGUCCUGUGUCUGCUGGUCCUGGCAGUCACUGAAGCCUGGGGCCAGGAGGCAGUCAUCCCAGGCUGCCACUUGCACCCCUUCAAUGUGACAGUGCGAAGUGACCGCCAAGGCACCUGCCAGGGCUCCCACGUGGCACAGGCCUGUGUGGGCCACUGUGAGUCCAGCGCCUUCCCUUCUCGGUACUCUGUGCUGGUGGCCAGUGGUUACCGACACAAUAUCACCUCCGUCUCUCAGUGCUGCACCAUCAGUGGCCUGAAGAAGGUCAAAGUACAGCUGCAGUGUGUGGGGAGCCGGAGGGAGGAGAUCGAGAUCUUCACGGCCAGGGCCUGCCAGUGUGACAUGUGUCGCCUCUCUCGCUACUAGCCCAUCCUCUCCCCUCCUUCCUCCCCUGGGUCACAGGGCUUGACAUUCUGGUGGGGGAAACCUGUGUUCAAGAUUCAAACACUGGAAGGAGCUCCAGCCCUGCUGGUUACUUGCUAUGGAAUUUUUUUAAAUAAGGGGAGGGUUGUUCCAGCUUUGACCGUUUGUAAGAUUUUGUGACUGUCACCUGAGAAGAGGGGAGUUUCUGCUUCUUCCCUGCCUCUGCCUUGCCCUUCUAAACCAAUCUUUCAUCAUUUUACUUCCCUCUUUGCCUUUACCCCUAAAUAAAGCAAGCAGUUCUUGAA